UGACAUACUCAUUGACCUGAUUGAUAGAAAGAUCACAUCGUAUGCGCAAGGCUAUAGUCUCGGGCUGCUAACGGCGCACGUUUUAUUGCGAAUUGACUCAUCAGCCAGGGUAGAGGAGAAAACUCUGUUUGAACAUUUCUCCGAGUGCAUACUGUCUAAAUUUAAGAGCGAAGAAGAAGAUGAGUACGCAGGCAGUGAAGAUUCCAUGGAUAUAGAUUGGCGGAAUGGUAAAGUGUAUGAUUGGGUGCCGUCUAACGGGCCCGCUAGAGGUUUUGCUGAUGGACUGGUUGCAAAUGCCGAAAUGGUUGAGAGAAUAGCUAGGUCUUCCGUCUUCGAAAGAGACUAA